GUCUCGGCCCUGCCCCAUGUUGUACUUGAACGCUACUCGUACUGUGUACAUGAUAAUCCAUGGCCAUGAUAACCAUAAUGCAUAUCCCGAUGCGUGCCCGAUUCUAUUUGAGCGGCUAGAAUGAGGGUUCAAUAAAGCCCUGCCCAUUCACCGUCGAAGAUUCGCCUUCAUUUGGUGGUAUUUCUCCAAUCGUCUUCAUCUUCUCAACGUCUCACUUCGCCUUGAAUUCGAGAGUUUUGGGCCGUUGCCAACAGCUAGGACAAGAACAAUAUCUUCCCUUACCUAGCUACACGUCGGGGCUUACCAAAAAAUACCACAGGGGUUUUUUCGUCUAUCGCGAGAAGGUAUCAAGUCUCGUGGGCAGAAAUCUUCCGAUAAGGGUAACUGGAGAUGGGAACAUGAGACAGAUAGCUGGCUUACACUCAUUCGCAGAUGGCAGCUCCUACUAAUACCAACACUGUCAACGACAAGAAUCUUGAUGCAAUGACUACUCCUUCUGCGGGGCUCUCUCCCACUCCUACAAUUCCUACGUCUCCUAUGCCAAACAUUACACCUAUCAUGUCUUACGAUAGCGUCGACACCGCAUACAAUGCCGAUCCAUACUCUCUCCUCGGUUCCAAGAAAGGCGACAUAAGCAUUGCUACACUUCGCACACAACAUCCUGAUCAAAAACGAACACGGAAAGUUAGAAAGAUCAAGAAUUUCUACGAUAGACAAAAUGCUCUGAUCGAUGCAUACCUAGGGAGCAGUAAUGAGGAAGCCGCGGAGGUUGAGGAUGGAAUUCAAAAUGGUGGAAAGAUUAAAUUCGCUAUCUAUGCUAGUUCUACCGUCAACUUUUGUUUGUUCAUCAUCCAAGUCUUUGCCGCUGUCUCAACUGGAAGUCUAGCACUUUUCGCCACCGCUGCAGAUGCUUUCAUGGACUUGGUUAGUUCUAUCGUGAUGUUGGUUACUUCACGAAUAGCCGCCAAACCUAACAUCACAAAAUUUCCUGUCGGUCGUAAGCGAGUUGAAACUGUUGGAAUUAUUCUCUUUUGUGCACUUAUGACUACCGUUUCCGUGGAAUUGAUCAUCGAAUCCUCUCGAAGUUUGGCAGAUGGUCCAAGGGAAAAUGAAACGCUCAAACCGAUUCCUCUAGUGUGCGUCGGUGUCGCUAUCUUUUCCAAGGCUGUUCUAUUCGUAUACUGUUUUACCUUACGCCGAUAUCCAACAUGUGCAAUCUUCAUGUUAGAUCACCGAAACGACAUUGUGGUUAACGCUUUUGGCUUGAUUAUGUCCAUCGUGGGUACCAAGUAUGCAAAAGUUUGGUUCUUGGAUCCUGCUGGUGCCAUUGCUAUUGCAUGUUUGAUCCUAUUUUCAUGGGCAUCAACUGCUUUCGAACAUAUGUGGCUUCUGGUCGGAAAGAGUGCCCCACGAGAGUUUUUGAACAAGCUCGUAUACGUUGCACUUACUCAUGACCCCAGAAUUCUAAAGAUCGAUACUGCGAGAGCGUAUUCUGCCGGUGAAAAAUACUAUGUCGAAGUCGACAUUAUUAUGAGACAGGAAGAAACACUGAAAGUCACACAUGAUGUUUCCCAAACUUUGCAAAGGAAGCUUGAGGGUUUGGCGGAUGUCGAAAGAGCUUUCGUCCAUGUUGAUUACGAUGAUUUACACGAUAUCUUCGAGGAGCAUAAACCACUUUAUGAGAUUCAAGAACCCAAAGUUCCCAUUUACGAAAGGGUUAGAGAAAGAUUCAAGAAGCAACAGCCCGGAAGAGAAGGAGGCGACGUAACGAGUCCGACGUCUUGAGUAGUAAAUCUCACACUUAGCCGAAGAAUGAAUGAUUAUGGACUCGAAAUGGGAACGAAGUUACAAUAUGGAGCUUGACUUUGGGAUUUGACUUGGAUUUGCAACGGCUGGAAAGCAGAACCUUCCCCACUUUUGUAAAUCGCAGCACGUUGGAGUAAGGUACUGAAAACUUUUCUCGUCAUCUAUUGCCGAGCGAAUCUUUAGUUUGAAAUAUGAUUCAUAACGAGCCUCUGACGCAUAACAUUGACGAAGAAGUCAACUACCAAACUUUUGAUUCAGGUUAUUUUCGAUCGAUCAAUGUACCGAACCUCUGCCGGAAAAUAUCAACGAGAUCGACAUGAGAAAAUAUUGUGUUGUGGGCCUGAUGCGUUUAUUCUUGGCUACAAGGUGGAUGAUAGACUAUCCGACAAAGUGUACAUACGCAAACUAGGCAUCGUCAAGUGCAAUAGGUCCGCUUAUACAACCUCUCGUUGGCGCACACGUAUGGUCAUUCGCAAUUGAAUGGAUCGACUGCUGGGAUGGAUAAAGCAAACGGAAAGCUGGGGACUGAGAAAUAAAUGAGCAUAUGAAACUUGGCAUGGAACAGCUUGAAAGUUGAUGUUUCGAUGGAGCAUGAUCUUGUCUUUCUUGGUGGGCUGUAGAAGUCGGUGGAUAAAGGGAAGAAAUGGAGUUUUUUGCGGUGUUGAUAGAUGGAAAGAUACCCCGGGCCUUUUUACUGCAUGGCGUUUAUAAAAUAAGAGCAAUUAAGAAAUUUGAGAAAUGUCAUGAUCAACCCUGUUUAUUCGCAAGUUUGAUCUAAGUGUAUGGAACUUAAGACGGGACAUCUGUUAAGUGCAGACGAUGGUGAAAUACGAUGGAGUCGAUAAUCUUUGUAUUGACA